AUGACGAAAAAUAAGUCCUUAAACAUAUCAAUAGCAACACUUGCUAUUGCCUUUUUUAUUAUGAUUAUAGUACCAACAAAUGUGAGUGCUCAAAAUUGUGGGUGUGCUGAAGGGGUGUGUUGCAGCCAAUAUGGUUAUUGUGGAAACACUGAUACAUAUUGUGGCACAGGGUGCCAAGAGGGUCCUUGUAAGGGAGGAAAUAUUCCACCUAGUACUCCUAGUCCCAGCAAUGAUGUUAAUGUUGCUGACAUUGUCACACCAGAGUUUUUCAAUGGUAUAAUUGAUCAAGCUGAUUCUAGUUGUGCAGGAAAGAGCUUUUACUCCAGAGCUGCUUUUCUUGAUGCUCUCGAUUCUUAUAACCAGUUUGGUAGGGCUGGUUCUUCCGAUGACUCCAAACGCGAGGUUGCAGCUGCUUUUGCACAUUUCACACACGAAACUGGACAUUUUUGCUAUAUAGAAGAGAUUGACGGUGCAUCAAAGGACUACUGCGAUGAAAGCAACACAGAGUACCCUUGUGUCCCUAACAAAGGAUACUACGGUCGUGGACCAAUUCAAUUAUCUUGGAACUUCAACUAUGGACCGGCAGGAAAGGACAAUGGUUUUGAUGGAUUGAACUCUCCUGAAACAGUGGCUAAUGAUCCUCUAGUGUCCUUCAAGACAGGUUUAUGGUAUUGGAUGAAAUAUGUUCACCGUGUUGUUAACCAGGGGUUUGGUGCAACCAUUAGAGCCAUUAAUGGUAAACUUGAAUGUGAUGGUGCAAACCCUAACACGGUUAAGGCUCGUGUUGGUUACUACACUCAAUAUUGUAGUCAAUUGGGUGUUGCUCCUGGUGAUAAUCUUACUUGCUAA